AUGUUCACCAUGGAGAUUGAAAUCAAUGGUAUGGUUCCCUUCCCGGGCACCCAGCUCUUCAACAGAUCUUCACAUGAGGAGACCAAAGUCUAUGUCAAGCUCACCAACACUGGGCUCUUGUUGCAUUACAAGAGUCACGUAGACGUUCGAUAUAAACGAGCGUUGCUAAGACCUAUGCUUGAUCGUGCUUUCCGACUUUCGUUCGACUGGUCGUAUUUCUGCGAAAAAUGCGAUCGUCUUAAAUUACUUUUUUCGCGGCUAAAUUACCCUGACAAACUAAUUAACUUUACUAUCUCACGCUAUAUUGUCACAAAAGUUUCUGAGCAACCUGUUUCAUCGCCCGCGGCUGUUUCUGAUUCAUCUGACUCUGUUCGUCAACUUCAGGAUUUGAGUCGAAAAACUCACACGACCGUGUCUCCAGUAUUUGUCAGCCAAAACAUUGAGUGCGAUCUUAAAAUUCGAGAAGCUAAUCCACCUUUUGUCAACCAGCAUUGUUUCGUUUACAAAUUUGAACGUGACCUGUGCGAUGCAGGUUAUGUUUUACACAUCUUGCCACUUACACCAGCGAAUUGA